GCAUUCAUAAGGGAUAUGAAAGUGACACUUGAAGAAAGGACUGGAUCUAAAGAUAUAAAAAGGGAUGUGGACAGAUUCUUUCAUAACUAUCCUUGCAGCAAACUUCUGCUUCCCCUUAGGGUCAUUUCCAAGCAGGACAACAGUGUGUCCCUCUCUAUUUCCCAUUCUGUGCAACAAGAAGCUGACAGUAGGAAGGCUGAGCCCAGCUCCCUCCUGCAGCAGGAAGACAAGAUGCAGACCAUGUGGGUGGUGUUGAUCUGCUUCACCGGAGGGCAGCUGGCAAGUGCCACGCUCUGCAAGAAUUAUGGCACCAUCCCAGGCAUCCCGGGGUCACCAGGCCAACCUGGCAUCAAUGGCAAAGAUGGGGAGAAUGGUCCAAAGGGCGAGCAAGGUCCUCCUGGACUCAUGGAGCAUGAACAGGACAUCGGCGAGAAGGGAGACCCAGGAGAACCAGGAUAUCCUGGGAAGGUUGGCCCCAGAGGGCCCCCAGGUUCAAAGGGACUGCCAGGCCCCAUGGGACCCCCUGGCCCCCAGGGAGACACUGGUGACUACAAGGUCACCCUCAAGUCUGCCUUCUCUGCUGCCAGGACCAUCAGCAUCUUCCCACGCCGGGAGCAGCCCAUCCGCUUCGACCGCAUCAUCACCAAUGAGAACAGACACUAUGAGAACCGGUACGGCCGCUUCACCUGCCAGGUCCCUGGUGUCUAUUACUUUACCUACCAUGUCACAUCCAAGGGCAACCUGUGCCUCAGAAUAAAGAAGGGACGGGGUGGUAGCAAGGGAGAGAAGGUGGUGACGUUCUGUGACUUCGUGCAAAACAGCUAUCAGGUCACCACGGGAGGUGUGGUGCUCAGGUUGGCAGCCAAUGAGUCUGUCUGGUUGGAGCCAACAGAGAAGAACUCUGUCGUGGGGAUCGAAGGGGCUGACAGCAUCUUCUCUGGGUUCCUGAUUUUCCCUGAGGUUUAGCUGCUGUCUGUACCCUGGUGAGAGACAAGGUCUCCCCUUGGAAUGACUCUUAGUUCCAGAUUUGGUGCCCUAAGUAUGUUGUGUUCACAUUAAAUGACAGCUUGUUGUGUCGCUGCUGACUCCUA